AUGAAACUCGUAUGCGCUGCGACGGUGGCGCUCAUGCUGGCAACGUCCGCGACCGCUGCUACCUGCACGACGGACCAAGAGACGAAGAUCAAGAAUUUCUUGGCGGCCAACGUCUCGACCUCGUGCGCGGCGAGUAGCAUGUGGUGGAGCUCAAUGACGUUCGCGGAAGGACUCGAGGACGGACAAUACAACCUGUGCCAGUCGCCAUGCCAGGGCGACCUGCAGAACAUCACCGACAACCUCCCAUUCUGCGCCGAUGAGGCCGGCACAUAUUCCAAGGUCGUCCAACAAAACCAACUGUGCGACGACAUGACGCGCCCCACGAGCAACGGCGACGCAUGCACGUCAGCGGAUUUGAUCUUGGCCGAUGCAGUCUUGCGCCGUACACCGGUGUGGCUCAGCUGCUCCAGUGUCAAAGACGCGACGCUGUCCAGACUUCAACCAUACACCACCGAAGACGCCAAGGCGCUGUGUGCGUCCGUCGCGUGCACGAACUUUAUCGACGCGAUGGCCAAGUUGAUGCCCAACUGCUUCAACCAGCGCGAUGUCGGGGCCAAUUGCUCUAUGGUGGAUAUGGUGGCCGAGCGCAAUGCAUAUGGCGCGAGUCUUUGGUCCAACUGCUCGACCUUUCUCAACGCUUCGUAUCUUGCGACGUUCAGUGACCUCGCGUCCAACAUCUCUUACGCUAAGACACCCGAAGACGUGCCGUCGGGCUUUUGCGCGUCGACCUGCCCAGCAAACUACUUGUCGAUCAAAAAGACGCUUUCAUCCUGCAGCUCUUACGGCAGGAUGAUGUCCGACCCAAGUCCUCUCUACAGCAUCUGCCCCAACCUGAAGCCAGCGCCGACGCCCGCUCCGACGCCCGCUCCGACACGCACUCCGACGUCCGCUCCGACGCCCGCGCCAGCUCUGACGUGUCCGCUUCCCGGCUCGUACCGUGCGACGGGGAUGCGCAUGGACCUUGCCAACUCUGGUGCGUUCACCGAGUCGCACGAUGGCAGCGGCAGCACGUGCUCGACGACGGGAACGUAUGCGAUCUCGGGUCCAAUGGCAACGUUCACCGUGUCGACCGUCUUGGGUGUCUGCGGCAGCGUCUUUACGCCCAACGCAAAGCUCUCGGUGCCCAUUUCGUUCUCCACCGACUGCAACCAACUCACACUCAGCUACACGGGCACGACGUCGACGCUGCAGCGAACGUCUAGCGCAGAGACCGCGGCCACGAGUGCGAUGCUGCUUCUUGGCGUUUUCCUCGCGUCGGGUGCGCUCUAA